GGAAAGAGAGAAAGAGCUAAAGAGAAGAGAAAGCCGACUUGUAGAAGCGUGAGCUGUGGCUGACAGCAGCUUUGUUAAAGCGAUUAUUAAGGCUAAAACAAAUAAAAAGUUUAGCCUUGACCGGUGGCCGAAUGGGAGUUCGAGUGCAGGCUGCCGGGACCAAAAAGUCCACUAGAGGAAAUGGAGGCAGCGGCCAUCCCGACACCACACAGCGGCAAGCGGAGUCGAGUCAAGACCCCCCCGCUUCAAUGGAAAAGUUGACUGGGAUGCUUUCCACGCCCAGUUCAACCUGGUGGCCCGACUCAAAGGAUGGACCAGGGAGGAAAAGGCCCUCCGACUUGCUGGGUGUCUGUCGGACAAUGCUCUGCCCUGCCUACUGACCCUCACCCCAGAGCAGCAGGCUGACUACACAGCACUGAGUGAGGCCCUCCGGAGUCAGUUUGGCAGCAGCCAACAGCCAGCCAACAGUCCGAGUCGGACAACGAGGGCAGGGGAGUCCCUCCGCGAGCUGGCGGCCGCCAUAGAGAUACUAACCCGGCACGUAUUUGUCCACACGCCUUCCGACGUUCAGGAGAAGCUGGCCAGGGAACAGUAUGUGGAGGCUAUACAGGCGCAGGUGCAUCUACUCCAGCCCCAGAGUCUCUGGUAUUCCGUGGAACUAGCACAUGAGAGGGAGGUGGUCUGGGUUAUGGAGCGACAGGGCUCGGGGGGACGAAGCCGACCAGCAGUCCGGACGACACAGCGACUACUGCCCAGUUGCAGACAGUGACGGGGGAGCUGACGCCGAUCGGGGUGAAAAGAGACAUUGACCAUCCACAUCGGGCGACAGGUGUUGAAACACCCGGUGUGGAUUACCCCAGUCCUAGACCCGUGCAUUCUUGGGCUGGAUUUCCUCCGCCGUAUUGGCGGCCAGCUCGACCUGUCUGGGGGAGUACUCCAUGUCCCUAGAGAACCAGCUCUUGCCCUGGCCGGACCCAGGGCACCGGUGUCGGCCCCGGGGAGACAGCAAGUACAGAAACCACCUUCCCUGGGUCACCCAGUCAGUCAUCAACUGCAGCUGAACACCACUCCUGUUCCGUCUGGGUGGAAGAGGAGGACUCGGCCGUCAGGUUGGUCUCGUCGGAAACGGGGGGGCCGUGUCCAUCCACCUCGACCAGAGGAGCUGCCUGAACAGUGCUCUCUGCCAACCACCACCACUUCCUUCAGGCCCCCGAGCCAGUGGCCAAGGGUCUCUCCUCGACCACGAAGUGUGGAAGAAACUGCUCAUGACAUAACAAUCGCAGUCUGGUAGCGUAAUUGCGAGGGGCUUUGCACGGUUUUAACAAGAUCACUAGAAAGGACUCUUACCCGCUUCCCUGCAUAGACGAAUCCCUGGAUGUGGUGGCUGGUUCCUCACGGUUCACGUCCUUGGACCUAAGGAGUGGCUACUGGCAGGUGGCCCUUGCCCCUGAAGUUCAACCAAAGACCUCCUUUUCCCCUGGGCAGGGUCUAUGACAGUUCCGGGUGAUGCCGUUUGAAGUUUGCAACGCUCCUGCUACUUUCGAGCGGCUUAUGGGCCCUAACUGGCAUCCCCCGGCAGCACUGCCUUGUCUACCUGGAAGACCUGCUGGUGCACGGACCCAGCUUUGAAGAGGCCCUUGCAUGCCUCCAACAGGUGCUGCAAUGCCUGGAGGCAGCGGUUCUGAAGCUGAUCCUGAACAAGUGUUGGCUCACGAGGAAGGGGGUCACCUUCCUCGGGCACUAAGUGGGGGGUCAGGACAUCAGCACCGAGGCGGACAAGAUCAGCGCUGUGUGGGACUGGCCUACCCCUGCUAACAAAUGACAAGUGAUGGCCUUCCUGGCCUCUUACUAUCGGCGGUUUGUGGCCAACUUUGUGGACAAGGCAGCUCUCUUGAACCGCCUCCUUAAAAAGGGCGAGUUGUUCUACUGGAGCCCCGGCAGCCUUGACUGGACACUGAUGCAAGCAACCUGGCGACUGGGACAGUCCUCUCCCAACAGGGACCAGAAGGAGAGCAGGUAUUGGCUUACUACAGUCGGGUUUUAACCAAGGCGGAAACCCGCUACUGCGUAACUCGCCAGGAGUUUUUGGCUAUGGUGGCGGGGGUGCAUCAGUUCCGACACUACCUCUGCGGUCUUCCAUUCACUGUCCAGACCAACCACGCCGCUCUGCAGUUUCUACUGACUUUCCGGGAGCCGGAGGGACAGGUUUCUUGAUGGAUCGAGCAGCUGCAGCCCUUUAAAUUCACAACAUUGGGCCGAGGUCUGCCACACCAACGCGGACACCCUGUCCUGGCGGUCGUGUGCUGAAGAGGGCUGUGACCACUGCCAGAGAAAGGAGGACCGGGAGCAGGAGCUGCAAGCAGAGCAGCACGGAAGAGGCUCAGAACCCGCAGAGCAGCUGCCUGGAAUGGGUGAUCCAGCCCUGCUAGCAACCUGUGGGCAGCUGACCAUGAUGGAGGCAGCCGAGUGACGCCGGCUGCAGGAGCGGGACCCCGAUCUCCUUCCGGUCCUGGAGUGGGUGGAGCGGUGGCAGCAUCCGUUCUGGGAAGCCAUUGCCUGGCUCUCUCCGGUCGUGAAGGGACUCUGGGCACAGUGGUCCUGCUUGGCCAUGUGGGAGGGUGUCCUGCAGUGUCGCUGGGAAGCCCCCACAGAACAAGUCCCGAGUAUUGCCCUCGUAUGUAAUUUGAAUCAGAGACUGUUUAUUUUAUUUUAUUUUAACUCCUGAAAAAAAAGCUAAUUUAUACUGCAAAAUACCAAGGUAGGCCCAAGACAAUAAAAAGCACAAAUAAGGACACAUUGAAAACAUACCUAGCAUAUAAAUUAACUUUAUAGCAUUACUUUUCUAUAAUAUCAGGUGCAAUUAUUUGACUUCUAGCUUUUACUAUGUCGCUCGUGUUUUUCAAAAGUUAUCAUUAUUAUGAGCCAUAGUUCAGUACACACCUUGUUGGAUUACAAUAAUAGUGCUGUAAAAGCAAAGGGGUUAUUUGCAGAGUACACUAAAGCUUGGUGUAGCUAAGCAACAAGGCCAACAAACUCAGAACUGGAAGGAGUGUAUAUAUGCCUGUGUGAGUAACACACACACACACACAACCACCGCUUGUUACAGUAGAUAUGGGAACGCGCUGAAUAGAUUCCUUGAAAAAUAUGUACUGUAAGUAGAACACAGGACAGUUAUUCCAGUGACGUUACUGCUACCGUACUAGUUAUGCAGAAAUGAAUGGUGCUAGUAAAGUUCUGUGAAAUGUCGUUCAAUUGAGCAAAUUACAGGUAAGUGCGCUAGAAAUAAGAAAACAUUCUUAAUUAAUUAGAUAUGAUAUCAACAAUUAAUAUACUUUGUAAACAUAUGUAAUCAGUGGAAAUAAUUUAAUAUGCUAUUGGUAUUAGGAAAUAUUUAAUCUGUGAAGAGUAAACACGUGUUUUAGGAGCUGUCAUUCAUUAAUGGAAGAAAAUGUCAGAGAACCUAACAUUAUGCAGCGGACCUAUUUACUUCUUCGACCAGCCCGUUGGUAGGAAAUGCAAUAAACGUACAAGGAAGUUGGUGGGAGAGCUGCCUGCUGAUUUGAGAUACUUGAACAUCAAUCCACGUCUGGCAGCUUUCAUACGAAGCAGGAGCAAAAAGUCUGCCUCUGAAGAUAAUUCUGCGGAUGAUGAUGGGGACAGUAAACUUACUGAAGACGUGAAAAAGAAAGAAAAACAUUCAGUUCUGCCAUUGAUAAACAAAGACCCGUCCCACUCUUUGUCCAAGAAUAGCUCUGCAGAAGACCCUACUCUUCAACCAGUGUCCAGCUCACUUGGAGAUCACGCGCAGACAAGCCAGAUUGAUGAGUACAAGUAUGCAGCACCCACUUUGCUCGAAGAACUGGGGGAAAUGUUACUGGAGUACGAAGGGUGUGAAGAAGUCAAUUUCCCACGAGGUCUUUUAAAUAUUUUGAACUGUAGCUGGAAGGAGCUUGUCGAAGGAGCAGUGUACAGCAAAAGACAACAGCAGUCCCUCGCGUGCAAAAGUAUGAAACACCUGAAGCUCAGAAGUUCCGUGCAUUCCGAGAAAUUCUCUGAAGACGUUGCCGACAAACAAUUGCAUGGAAAAAGUAAACCAAAAAAGAGAGUCACUCGGGCCGAAAAUACGAUAGAAAGGGGCAUGAGUGUACACUUUAAACAGGAAACAAAGGGACAAAAGCGUGAUAAGCAGUCCAGGAAAGGAAGCAGUCCGGCAGAAAAAGACAGAGCCACACAACCCUUGAACGAAACAGCUCAGGUGUCCCAUUUGCCACUUACAAUAACCUUUUCUAUAUCGUCAAAGAUAUGUGAAGAGCAAGGCUGGAUUGUUCAGCAGGAGGAAUCUAAACCCCAGGACCCUGAAUGGAAAGCACUUUGUGCUUGGGCUGUGGAGAGACUGCGACUCGCUCAGGUGCCCAUAAAUGAACAAACAAGUAAUCUGAAGGAAGCAGGGUUCAGCAAACCGGUCAUUCUGCGUCACUAUGGGGAUGCCAAAAACAAAGCCUUUGCCAAGUACAAGAAGCAGGGCAGUAAGAACUGUUCCUUCACACUGGUCAAUGGGAGACCGAUGAUUCCAGAACUCAAGCAGGAAGACCCGUCCUUACAGAAACUGCACUACACAAUCAUUGACGGCUCUUCAUUUAUUUACUACCCUUCAGGUCGCAUUGCCGUCUGCCAGAGUUACUCAGGCCUGCCAUGUGGUGGAUUUUACACUAAUGUGUUCAGUGACUCAUCAGAUCCUUACACACUUGCUACUUUCACACCCUUUGGACAUGCCAGUGUUUGCCAUCCAGGCAGCCACACAGUGGCACUAUUGCUUGAUCAAGACGGGGGCAUACUGACUGAUGAGGAAGGCACAGUCACGAAAGAAUGGAAUUGGGCACAGGGAGUGAAACUGAAUGAGACAGUUCUGAUACAGGUGAAUGACUUUAUUACUGUUCGAGUUGUGAGCCCGACCUCAAUCAAUUUAUCCUAUAGGUGGCAGCAGGAGAGUGUGCAAGUGUCCCUCUCUCCACUUACAAACGUAAUCCCUCCAGGUCCUGACGAGCUGGGUUUUAUAUUGACUGGGGAAAAGCUUUCAUCAAAAGCAUCUAAGGAACUUUCAAAGGCAAACAGAAAGAAAAUGAUGGAAAUAGAAGCACGAAAGAAAUUCAUGGCAAAAAAAUCAGAAGCCACAAAAUCUUCAAAUGAAUUUUCCAAGCUUGUGAAGAUGUUAGAAAUCCCAGAAGAAGGACCAAGUCAUGUGCGGGGAGUGGAGGCAGCACAGGAACUGAGGAAGCUUCAACGGAAGAUCAAGAACAUAUUGGAUGACUGGAUGGAACACUAUCGUAUAGCUACAGGAAUCAGUUCGCCAGAUAUUUCUAAGAUGUCUAGCACACCUCAAAGGACCAUCCUGAAACGCAAAACUAAGUCAGCUGCAUCACCUUCGCUGGUCCCCAUUGAUGUGGAGUGGAAGGAGACUGACGCAGUCCAGCCACAGAGCAACAAUCCUGAGGCAAGCCCCUUCCGUUUCCUCUCAGCCCCUGCACGGAAUAUCCUGUGGGACCCUCCCAAAAGCUCCCAGUCAUCGAGGACCUUUUCUUCAGUAAGUGUGAAUGUGAAGGAGGAGCCCACUGUCAUCACAGGCAACCUCACAACCAGGAUACAGAACAGUCUACAAUUAGGGCCAGUAAUACACAAAAGUCCCAAAAACUACAGGCCACUGCUGAGUUCCCACAACCCUUGCCCUGUGCUUCUUAGAAGUGUGAUGAUGGGGGAAGGAGAGAAGAAGAGGUGCAGGUGCAGCAACCAUCAGACCCCCUACCUGACAGACCUGGAGUAUGACGCCUUCAUCACAGGGCAGAUGCCAGGCAUCGAGCAGAUCGUGGUGGUGUGUGUGGUCUCCUCGUCAAACCCACAGAGCAGCCUCAGUGUGGACAUACUGGAAAAGCUGUAUGAGAAGAAAAACAAAAACAGGAGCAUGCCUUGUGUACAGUGUCGACUAGACUCGUUCCGCCUGGUGAAGUAUGACAUCGCCACAGCGGGGACACAAACUGUCCCCCAGGGUUCUCUACUGCUGCAAAGACACAAUGUGGCUCCUGGUAUGUUUCUGAUGUACAUUUGUGGAAAGCUGCUCUUUGCUGACUAUAUUUUUAAUGGGUACAGCAGCUCUAUUAAAGACCUACAAAAGCAGAUUUCUAUAACACGUGGCAACUAUCGCAUGGGCCUCAGUCUUCCCUCAGAUUUCAGAUUCAGCCCUCAUCGGGAGAUUUCUGAAAGUAACACGACUCAAGGAGCACAGGGAGAAUGCAGCACAUCUUCACAACGUGACAUAUGUCAAUCAAAAGCUCCCCUUCACAAAGACAAGAGCACAGUCCAGGUUGCUGACAGAGCAGUGUCGGUUCAAGAAUCUGUGACGUUUAAUAUGUCCAAAAGGAGCCACCUGCUCUGUGACAGAAAGAAAAAGAACCAACCAUCUUUCACUUGGAAGGGCCAUUUCAAAAACCUGGAUCUGAUGAGAAUUGCUAAAUAAAACUUAAAUAUAUCCAUUGGAACACCAGCAGUUAAUGUUAUAGUUCAAUCAGUGUUCAAAACAUUCAACAGCAAUGCAGAAGCAGAAUAAUCAAGUUACAGAUAAAGAAUCUGGAUUCCCAAAAUGUGAAUGUUUUUGGAAUGAAAUGGACUAGUGUUGUAAGUGUACUGCUCUGGCCAAAAUUUUGGCAUCACCCUAUAGAAGUAACACAUUUUACUUCACAAAGUCAAAUACUGUACUACUGUGAUGGCUUCCAGUAGACUUUUGCAAUAUCAUUUUGUAGUUUCUUUGAUUACAUGAUUACAUUUUGGUUAAAUAAAAUAUCUAAAUAUAUCUAAAUAUAAAUAUAUAUAUAAUUAGCUGUAGUGUUUAGAGGACUUGUGAGUGUGGAAACAAAGACAAAUCACUCAUGAAUCAAUACUUUGUACAGGAAUACUGCAAUAUUUAUUUAAAAUACUGGAUAACAGAAGAGUCAAUGGUUUGUGGUGAACGAGUGCAAUCCACACAGUACAUGUGCCUCGUCAACAUCCUUCAUACAAAGAAAAACAAAGCAACAACAUAAAGGAGGGCUUUUAGAUUACACAGGAGAUUUACACACAAAAACAUUUUAAUAAAAGGUCAAUUUCAUCAUACAAAUCUAAUAAUAUGUAAAAUUCUUACUUGUUUUUCACAAAUUGUGGAAUUAUACAGUCUUGCUAAAAGUUGUAAUGUAUUUGGA